AUGAAUAAUCGAUCUAAUACUCGUUGGGGUUCUCGACAACCACCACGUCGUGGUGGUAGUGGUGGUAGUUAUGAUCAAAAUUAUAAUGAUUAUAAUUAUGGUCAUCAUCAAUAUUCGGGAAGCAGUUAUGAUUAUGAGUCAUAUGAUCAAUCACAAUCAAAUUAUGAUCGUGGUUCCGCAUCAUCAAAACGUUAUUCAUCAAAUAGAAAUACUUAUGAUGGAGGAAAUCAUUAUUAUAAUCCACCACCUCGUCAUGCAAAAGGAAAUUUUGCAGAAAAUAAUAAUAAUAAUAAUAAAACGAAUUCAUCAGUUAAUAAAAAACCAACAAACCAACAAGAACCUGAAUCAAGUUCUCCAAUACCGAAUAAAGAACAAGAAAUGCCAGUCGAAAUUCCUUCAAUUUCACUUGAACCAAAAAUUGAACAAUCAAUUGAAAUACCUCCUAUUGAAGAUUCAAAACCAAUUGAAACUCCAGUUGAAGAAUUACCAUUACCUUCUCCUCCUCCUCCUCCGACAAUACCGGAACCACCACCAGAAGAAAAUCUUGAUUUAAUUCGUCAACAAAUAACAAGUUAUUUAACUGAACGUAAUGAUCGUUUAAAACAACGUCAAGAACUUCGUGAACAAAAUCUUAAUGCUGAAAAAAAUCGUUUAAAUGCUGAACAACAACAAGCAGCUAUGACACGUUUAGAUUCAAGUAUAAAACGUAUACCACCAUUUAUAAAACGUCUUCGUACGUUAACUGAACAACAACGUGAUGCACUUUGUCGUGAUAUGCAAACAUUAAAUUUAACACGUUAUAUAUCAGAAGUAGCAACAGCAUUAACAGAAGCUAAAUUAAAAAUGAGUGAUGUAUGGACAUCAGUACAAAUAUGUUCAUUAUUACAUCAACGUUAUCCUGAUUUUUCAUUAUCACUUUAUGAAAAUUGGUUAAAAGUUUUACAAAAAGAAACAUUAACAGAAAAUUUAUCAAAAGUUCGUGUUGAUUUAAGAUUAUUUGCUGAAUUAAUAACUGUACAUGUUUUACCAAUAAAUCAAUCAAUAAAUCAUCUUUUAACAACUUUAACAGCAUUAAUUAAUAAUGAUAAAGAUUUUUCAAAUUUAACAAUAUUAAUUAGUUUUUGUCGUUUAUGUGGAGAAGAUUAUGCUGAUAUAUUUUCAAGUAAAAUACGUAAAUUAAUUAUUAAAUUAAAUGAUAAUAUUGAUGAUUUAAAUAAAAGUAUAUUUCAUUCAAAUGAAUUAAAACAACAAAUACGAACAAUGUUAAAUGAUUAUUUUCAAAAAUUAUCUGUUUAUCUUAUUGAUGAAUAUAAACAAUUACAAAAACAAGAACAAUUAAUGAAACGAACAAUGGAAAAUCGUGGUGAAAUCAAUCAAGAAAUUAAAGAUAAAUAUGAACAAGCAAAUACAACAUUUCAAAAACUUUUACAAAAUACUGAAACAAUGGCUGAUUUAUUAGAACAACCAAUGCCUGAAUUACCUAUUGAAGAAGUUUCAAAGAAGUCUAGUGAUCGUACUGGUAUUGAUUUUUAUCUUCCUGGACGAUCUGAUGAUGAUCUUGGUGGUAAUACAAUUUGGGAAGAUAGUGAAACAAAACAAUUUUAUGAAGAUACUGUUGAUCUAAAACUUUUUCUUCCUGGUUAUGCAUUUCGUGAACCAAUUACAACAACAACGUCACAAACAUCUGAAGAAACUGAAACAGUUGAUUCUGUACAAAUGGAACAAGAAAUUGAAAAAGAAGCACUUGAAGUAACAUCAACGACUGAUGCUGACGAAGAAGAUACAACAUUAGCUGAUAUUGAAGAUGGAACUGAAGAAGAUGUUGGAGCAAAUAAUAUUAAAUUAAUGAUGGAUGUAUUUGUAGCUCAAUUACCAACAUGUGUUAAUCGUGAAAUGAUUGAUAAAGGUGCUCGAGAUUUUGCAACAAAUUUAAAUACAAAACAAAAUCGUAAACGUUUAAUAAAAGCUCUAUACACUGUUCAACGUACAUAUUUACAUUUAUUACCAUUUUAUUCACGUUUAGUAGCAACAUUAUAUCCAAUUAUGCCUGAAAUAGGCAAUGAAUUAGUUCGUUUAUUAAAAAAUGAAUUUCGUGCACAUAUAAGACGUAAAGAUCAAAUAUAUAUUGAAUCAAAAAUAAAAACUGUUCGUUUUAUUGGUGAACUUGUUAAAUUUAAUGUUUUUCCUAAAAAUGAAGCUAUUAAUUGUUUAAAAACUUUAUUAAGUGAUUUUCGUCAUCAUAAUAUUGAAAUGUGUUGUAAUCUAUUAGAAACAUGUGGAAGAUUUCUUUAUCGUAGUCCUGAUUGUCAUCGACGAACAGAAAUUAUUCUUGAAAUUUUAAUGCGUAAAAAAGCAGUAUUAACAUUAGAUAGUCGAUAUAUAACACAAAUUGAAAAUGCUUAUUAUUAUUGUAAUCCACCAGAAACUCGAGAAAUUGAAAAAAAAAUUCGUUCACCAAUACAAGAAUAUAUUCGACGAUUACUUUUUAAAGAUCUUAAUAAAAUGACUGUUGAAAAAAUUCUUCGUCAAAUUCGUAAAUUCAAUUGGUUUGAUUCGGAAUUUCGUUCUUAUGCUAUAAAAUGUUUAGCAGCUCCAUAUAGUGUUAAAUUUAAUUCAAUUCAAUGUCUUGCUAGUAUACUUUCUGGUUUAUCACAUUUUUAUGAUGAUGUAGCUAUUGAAGUAUUUGACAAUGUUCUUGAUGAUAUUCGUUUAGGUCUUGAAGUAAACAUUCCAAAAUUUAAUCAACGACGUCUUUGUAUGAUUAAAUAUCUCGGUGAAAUGUAUAAUUAUCGAGUUGUUGAUUCAAUCAUUAUAUUUCGUACAUUAUAUUUAUUAAUAACAUAUGGUGUUAGUCUUGAAGCAUCGGAAAUAAUAAAUGAACUUGAUCCACCUGAACAUUUAUUUCGUAUACGUCUUAUUUGUACAUUACUUGAUACUUGUGGUCAAUAUUUUGAUCGUGGUACAAGUAAAAAACGGCUUGAUUGUUUUCUUAACUAUUUUCAAAGAUAUUAUUAUUUUAAAAAAGAACAAUCUGUAUGGAAUUCAUUAACAUAUCCAUUUCCACUUGAAAUUGAACAUAUAUUUGAUGAAUGUGUAAUGGAUUUACGACCUAAAUUUAAUAGAGCAAAUUCAUAUGCUAAAGCAUGUGAACAAGUAGAAAAUAUGGAAAAAGAAUUUAUAACUUUAAUAAAUGAACAACAAUCCAAACUAGUAUCAAAAGAUAUUUCAUAUCCAUCACGUGAUACAAAUUUAGCACCAAUUACCGAAGAUGAAGAAUUACCCAUUAGAAAUACUAAUGAAGAUGAUCUACCUAAUUCUCAGCGACCAGAUGAUGAAGAUGAUGAAGAUCAAGAAGAAAAUAAUGAAGAAGAAGAAGACAAUGAUGAUGAUGAUGAUGAACGUCAUAGAACAGUACGUAGUCGACGUUCACGUCCAAGUGCUGGUAGUCGUGAACGAACAAGUGGUGGUAGUGGAGCUGAUGAAGAAUAUCUUGAUACCGAUGAUAAUGAUACAGUUGGUUUUGAUGAUGAAAAUAAUAAUACAAAUAAAAAUUCAAUUGAACGUACAAAAAUUACUACUGAAGAAGAUACUGAAUUUAUUAAAGCAUAUGAUGCAUUAGUUGCUGAAUCUGUUGCUCAACGUUCAAAUGAUUUAACAAAAAUUUCAGCACCAGAUAUUCCUGUACCAAUACAUUUAAGAAAAAAUAAAAUACCAUCAACAACAACUAUAAAUAUUUCACAAAGCGAUGGUGAUGAUGAAGGUGAAAAUAAUGUUAAAAAACCAGAAACAGUUAAUUUUGUUGUUAUGCUUAAAAAGAAUAAUAAACCACAAUUUUAUAAUAUGGCUGUUUCAAGUACAUCGGAAAUGGCAUUAAAAUUAAAAGCUCGUGAACAAGCUGAUCGUGAAGAGAAAGCUCAAUUGAAAAUUCUUACACUUAAUAUGUCAACACGAAUGGAACAACAAGAAAAUGAACAAGAUUCAAUAAUGAAUGUAACGAAUCGUACACCACCAGCACCAGGUUUAAAUUUUAAUCGAGAAAAAAAACCGAAAUAUAUACCACCAAAAGGUGCUCCAGAUGCUGAUGCUAUUUUUGGACCAAAAAAACGGUGA